AAUGGAAGUGCAUGGGUAUUUAUAUACGGCAUAUAAAUCAGUGUUGUCUUUAUAUUUAAUAUUUCUACUCGGAGUAUUGCUUAUUAUUCAGCUGGUUACCUUCCCCAUUGCAAUAAUUAAUAAAAGGCCAAUUGUGCAUAUAAUGAACCUGUACAAUCGGCAUAUGGCAGGUGUUUGUCUGUUUCUGAUAAAGAUAGGAAAUAGAAAUUCAAUUCAAAUGAUAUACACGAAUCCUGCACUGCUGAAUGAAUUAAACAAUAAGAGCAGCUCAAUUUUAAUAAUAAGCAAUCACAUAUGUGCAUUUGAUGGAGCCAUUCUAACUAUUUUAUCAAACCAGUUAGGAAAGGACAGUAGGUUUGUUGGGAAGAGUGCAUUAAGAUGGAUUCCUAUUAUUGGAUGGGGAAUGUAUCUGUCAGAUUAUUUAUUUGUUAAGAGAGUCUGGAAAAAAGACUGUGAAAGAAUUAAAAAAUGGUGUAAGCACCAGAAAAAUGGAGUAUCUUUAGUUAUAUAUCCAGAAGGAAGUAGAUACACAGAAAAAAAGCAGAAGAAAUCAGCAGACUUUUCAAUAUCUAAAUCUCUACCAGUUCUUCAGAACGUACUGUAUCCGAGAACUAAAGGAUAUAAUUUAUGUGUAAAUAUACUGCCAAAUCCACCAUUUACUACAAUCCUUAAUGUGACAAUGGUAUACCUAGUAAAUGGAAAGAGGCAGAAUCCUCCUUCAUAUAUAAAGUGUGUUACACAAAGAUUGCCUGGAGUAUUCAAAGUAAUUAUAGAGGCAGAGAGAAUCACAGAAGGUAUAAAGAAGGCAGAGUAUGUGGUUGAUAAGUUUAAAGAGAAAGAUGCAUUGAUUAAUCAAUAUACUUCUGGAUACUAAGUGUAUUAUUGCUAUUGCUCGAUUUAUAUACUAUAUAUUAAAUAAUAUACACAGACUAUAUAGUAUAUUAUUAUAAUCUGAAAGCACCGCAGUGAAAAAGCCAAUUUCGCAUAUAAUAAAAGC